AUGCGAGGCGUGGGCGAGGGCGGGGGUUGCCCAUCCCGCGGCACUGACUUGGUCCGGCUGAAGUCGCACUCCCUGGCGGGUCCACGGGAGGUUCAGCCGUCAUCGCCGGCAAAGGUUGCUCGCGCGGCCUGUCGGGCAGGUCGGUGUGGCGGAGGGAUUGGCCUGGGGGGUGCCGGGAGAUCCGCGAAUUCCGAUGGCGGGGUCCCCCAAAGGGCUAGGCAGGCGUGCCAGGCGCUCGUGGCGACGUCCCUGCCGCCCGCGUGGGGCAUAUCGCGCGAGGAGCCGACGUGGUACGAGGGGCUGUCGAAGGAUGAUGUCACCAUCCCCUUCCUGUGGGGCCUGCUGGCGCCCAAGGUGAGGUACCUGCCCGCGGGCGACCGCCGUCGCCUGCAGGUCGCCCUGGCCGUGGCUUUCGCCGCCCACGACGGCCAGAAGCGCAAGUCCGGCGAACCAUUUGUCACCCACCCCGUGGAGGUCACGCGCAUCCUUGCGGGGCUCCAGCUGGACGUGGCCACGCUGACCGCCGGCCUGCUGCACGACACCGUGGAGGACACCGACGCGCUGACGUUCGAAGACAUUGAGCGGCGUUUCGGAUCGGACGUUCGGCGCAUAGUGGAGGGGGAGACGCGGAUAAGCAAGGCGCCAGGAGGCGCCACGGGGCGGAAGUGGGCGCCAGGGGAGGAGGACCCCAUUGAGGCGAUCGACUUCCGGCACUUCUUCCUGUCGAUGACGGAGGACGUGAGGAUCAUACUGGUGAAGCUGGCGGACAGGCUGCACAACAUGCGGACCAUGGGGAGCAUGGACGAGGAGAAGCAGAAGAAGAAGGCACAGGAGACGCUGUUUGUGUUCUCGCCGCUGGCAGACUCGCUGGGGCUGGUGGCCAUGAAGGAGGAGCUGGAGGAGCUGUCGAUCAAGAUCCUGGACCCGGAGCGCUCGCAGGAGCUGGCCUCCAGAAUGGAGGCCACCGUCAACGAGCAAAGGUCUGCAGUGCAGAUGGCACAAAAUGUGCUGUUAGACCAUCUGAACGGGGACGACUUCCUCAACAACCAGGCACGAUUGCAUCAUCGCAUCAUUGGUCCAUAG